AUGUCGCAGACCUUUCGCAGUGUUUCUCCCCCUGAAGUUCGCCCUCCUACGCGCCUGGGCUUCUUCCGCGCUGCUACGCCUCUCUUUGGGCGUAGUUCAACACCUUCUUCUCCUCGACCUGCUUCAAGCAUGAUGCAACGACGUGCGGAGGGGAAGCGAAGGAGUUUGCUGAGCUUGCUUGGUCGCAAGAGGAAGAGAAAGGAGCCGGAGGAGAUCCCGCGAGAUCCUGUUCGCCUGAACUUUUUGUUUGUUGGGAGUAAAGCCGCUGGUCAGACAUCGUUGCUAUUUCGAUCUCGCUAUGGUUACUUUCCUGAUUCAAAUGCCUUUUCUCGUCCUCUAUAUGAGACCUACGUCAACGAGCGUAUCUACCACAACCAGCCUUUGACCUACAUCGAAUGGGACGCAGUGUUUCUCUGUUUCGACAUCUCGGAUAAGAUAUCCAUGUACACAAUCAUCCAAUGGUGGCAUCACGCUUCGAACCAAGGCUUCACCAAAUCUGCUAGUUUUGAACCAUUGCUGUACCUCGUCGGCUUGAAGAAGGAUCUUCGCGACCAGUGCUUUUUGGAAGAUCAUCAAACUGGCUCUGCGUUCUCAUCUUCUGUACUGUUGGCGUAUCCGACUUGCUGCAUUUGCUCUUCAGAGGCGAACUGGCAGGCCACUCGAAUUGGAGCACACAAAUACAUCGAAUGCUCGGCUGCGACUGGCGAAGGGAUGAAGGAGGUCAUCGAUGACUCUGGAAGAGAGGCGAUGAGAAGACUUGUUGGAGGGCAAGUGCCUGAGGAGGAGGCUGUUCCCAAGAAGAAACGUCGUUUCUUCUGAAGUGUCUGAAUACUGGGACGUGGUUCAACUGUCAAGUGACAUUAGAACUCUUGCUUGUUUGAUUGCUGAAUGAGGCUUGCAUUGAGGGAGGCGUUAUAAUGUGAAACGCAUAUUUGGACUCAUGGGAAUUUGGGCUGGAACUUGGAAGAAACAGUUCCCAAAGUUUCUGUCACAGAUACGCUUUGAGAGAACAAUGGCCUGUAUGAUGAUGAA